AUGCAGAUUCCCCCGCCGCAGAAGCCGCUCCACCAAACGGCAGCAGCGGCCUUGGCAGCAACAGCCCCGCCCACAGCCGCAACUGCGUUCUUCCUCCCCCUCCCCCCCCCCCGUCCCCUCCCCCUUUCCUUCUCCUCUCCUCCCACGCAGCACCAGCCGGGACAGCUCAGCAGUCCUAGCAGCAGCAGCGGCAGCAGCAGUAGCAUCGGGAGCAGCGGCAGCAGCGGCAGCACCGGCAGCAGCGGCAGCAGCGGCAGCAGCGGCAGCAGCAGCAGCGGCGGCAGCAUCGGCAGCAGCGGCAGCAGCAGAAGCAGCGGCAGCAUCGGCAGCAGCGGCAGCAGCAGAAGCAGCGGCAGCAUCGGCAGCAGCAGCAGCAGCAGCAGCCGGAGGAGUGCGCCAGCCUCAGCAGCAGCACUUCCCCACCCCCCCCCCCCCUCCUCCCCCCCCUCCUUCCUUGGCUGCCGCGGGUCCACCCGCUGUCGCCCCUCUCCCUUGGCCGCCGCGGGUCCACCCGCCAUCGCCCCCUCUCCCUUGACCGCCGCGGGUCCACCCGCCGCGGUCCCCCACAUGGCCACCGACCCUCCUGCCCCUCUCCCCCUCCCUCCUCCCAUCGAUGCCUCCUCCGUUGACAAGCUCCAGCUUGCCGCUGACCGCUCAGCUGUAAACUGGCACUCCUUCGUCGAAAGCAUCCGCCGUGUCCUCCAAGACGCCUUCGUCGGACCCUACUGCAUUCUCGACGUCCUCCUCCGCCGCCCGCACGCUCUCCAGCCCAUUGCCCCCACUCACCCCGGUGAACCCCCUCCUCCCCCUAUUCCCCCUGGUCCUCCUCCUCCUAAACCUACCUUGGAGAUCGCCACUACCCAGGAGCUCCAGGCUGUCGCCGAUGCCACCUUCCUCCACAAUCGCCGCGAGUACCUAAUCCGUAAGGCAGAGCAUGAAGUUGCGGUGCAUCAUCACGAGUUUGCAACAGCAGAGCGCGCCACUCGCCUGGCAUUACUUAAUGAGUAUACCACGGCUAUGGCAGACUACCUCCCCAAGAGCAUCGCAUGGGCCACUGCUGACAACCGCACCUGCACCAUCCUUCUCGGCGCACUCCCCGACACCCUCAUGCGCCUUGACUACGUGGGGCGCAUGCAAGAGGUCGCUGAUCGCCUUGCGGCACGCCAAGCCGCCCUCCCCGAGCCACUGCAAAUCCAUCGCCUCCUCUACAACCUCACCCCGGACUACGAGUCCCGCCUCCACGCCUUCACUGAGGCCAACCCCAUGGCCGGCCUCGACAACGUGGUCCAGUGGAUCAUUGACACGGAGGUCAAGCUCCGCACCCCCAUAGUCAACCUUACCACCCCUUAG